UUCGACUAUCCCUCGCUCUCAUUUUAGAUGUGGCUGAUACUGCUGCUGCUUCCUUAUUGCUCAUUGAAUAAUUUUUGAGCAUUGAUUUCUGCGGUCAUCAAAACUCUAAUUCAUCUUUCACCAUGAACUGUUCAAUUUCGGGCGAGGUUCCGGAGGAGCCCGUCGUCUCGAUUAAAUCCGGCUUGCUCUACGAGAAACGCUUAAUCGAGCGACACAUUUCGGAUUAUGGGAAGUGUCCGGUUACAGGGGAGGAACUAACUAUGGACGAUGUUGUGCCAGUCAAAACCGGCAAGAUUGUGAAACCCAGAUCUUUAACAGCAGCCAGCAUUCCUGGGAUGCUUGGAAUGUUUCAGAAUGAAUGGGAUGCUUUAAUGCUAUCCAAUUUUGCAUUGGAGCAGCAGCUUCAUACUGCCAGGCAAGAGCUAAGUCAUGCACUCUACCAGCAUGAUGCUGCCUGCCGUGUGAUUGCAAGACUCAAAAAGGAAAGAGAUGAAGCCAGAUCAUUACUUGCACAGGCUGAGAGGCAGGUACCCUUGCCUGCAUCAGCAGCUACUGCCAAUGUUUCUGCUCUCAGCAAUGGAAAACGAGGUGCAGAGAGUGAAGAUGUGGGCCCUGGUGGAAAGAGAAUGCGUCCUGGGGUUUCUGAUAGUAUUAUUGCUGAGUUAACAGAAUGUAAUGCAGCUCUGUCACAACAGCGUAAAAAGCGACAGAUACCUUCAACAUUGGCUCCCAUUGAUGCUUUGGAGAGGUAUACCCAACUAUCUAGUCAUCCUCUUCACAAGACUAACAAACCUGGGAUCACUUCAAUUGAUAUCAAUCUUUCAAAGGACAUUGUUGCCACUGGAGGUGUUGAUUCAAAUGCUGUACUCUUUAAUAGAACAUCUGGAGAGAUUUUAUCAACACUCAGUGGCCAUUCUAAGAAGGUUACUAGCGUAAAAUUUGUAGCUCCAAAUGAUGUAUUUUUAAGUGGUUCAGCAGAUAAGACUGUUCGCAUUUGGCAAAGGUCUGAAGAAGGAAACUAUGAUUGCAGGCAUAUUUUGAAGGAUCAUACAGCUGAGGUGCAAGCUGUUACAGUCCAUGCCACAAAUAACUACUUCGUAACUGCAUCGCUUGACACAACGUGGUGUUUUUAUGAUCUUUCCUCUGGUUUAUGCUUGACCCAGGUUGAAGAUCCUUCAAAUUCCAUGGGCUAUGCAUCUGCAGCUUUUCAUCCUGAUGGUCUCAUUCUUGGGACGGGCACCACUGGAGCUACUGUGAGAAUUUGGGACGUCAAGAGUCGGGGAAAUGUUGCUAACUUUGAUGGACACACUGGAGCUGUAACGGCCAUAUCUUUCUCGGAAAAUGGUUACUUCCUUGCAACUGCUGCACAUGAUGGUGUUAAGUUGUGGGAUCUACGCAAAUUGAAGAACUUCCGAUCUUUUGAAUUAUAUGAUCAAGACACACCAACUAACUCCGUGGAUUUCGACCAUAGUGGGAGUUACCUUGCAAUUGCUGGCUCAGAUAUACGAGUUUACCAAGUUGGCAGCGUAAAAGCUGAAUGGAAUUGCAUCAAAACUUUACCUGAUUUGUCUGGCACAGGUAGAGCAACUUCCGUCAAAUUCGGUCUAGAUGCAAAGUACUUGGCAGUGGGGUCAAUGGAUCGCAACCUUCGGAUAUUCGGCCUUCCUGAAGAUGACGCUUCAACGGAAUCAUAAAAACAUCCCAUCUGUUUUUCAUAUAGGGUAAGUAACAGUUGGGUCUGAGGACUUUGGUAGUUGCGACCACCCCUUUCAUGGUUGAAGCAAAACCGUAAGACCGUUGCAAUCGUUUAGUUUUGUGCGUCUGUUCUGUUCCCGAAUUUACCAUUGUGGGCAUCCCUCCGGCUAUAUAUGCACUACUGUAUCAUUUAAAUGUGUUUGAAGAAAUGAAAGCUAGUCAAGACAUGUUAGAGACAA